CUUUUGUAUCUUUUGUAUCGUCCGCAUUCGCAAACUUCAUCUCCAAAGUGUAUCUCUUCUUUUCAAUCAUACCCCAUCUCUAGAUUGCAUUGAAGACCACGCCGUCAAGAUGCCGAAGUUCUUCUGCGACUACUGCGACGUCUACCUAACGCACGACAGCAUGAGCGUGCGCAAGGCCCACAACAGCGGCCGCAACCACCUCCGCAACGUCGUCGACUACUACCAGCAGAUCGGGCACGAGAAAGCCCAAUCCGUCAUCGACUCCAUCACCUCCUCCUACGCCGCCGAGGGCCAGGCCCACGCUAACCCCAUGCUGCCCCAAAACCAGCCCGGAGGCGCGGCCGCCGCAGCGGCGGCAGCAGCAGCAGCAGGUGGCUUCCCAGGAAUGCCACCUCCCCCCUUCAACUUCCCCGGCGGAAUGCCUCCUCCGUUCCCCGGCCUACCAGGCGGAAUGCCACCACCGCCCGGCGGCGCCUUCCCAGGGGGUAUGCCUCGCCAAGGCGGCCGCGGCCUCCCUCCACCGCCCUUUCCCGGCCCCAGCGGCCUACCCAUGCCACCGCCAGGCUCCGGUCUCCCGUUCCCUCCUCCCCCAGGUGGUCUCCCGUUCCCGCCCCCGGGCGCCGGUGGAGCCAACGCGCCUCCCUUCCCGUUCCCAGGCAUGCCGCCUCCAGGACAGGGCUUCCCGGGUGGUCCUACGCCUCCUGGUGGACUCGGGUUCCCGCCUCCACCUGGACAGUCUGGGCCUCCUGGGCGUUAGGAUCGCGGUGUUGGGUUUGGCGGUGAGAAGCAUAGACGACGGGACGAUGAUUACUGGGAUGGAAGAGUUGCGGGAAGGCCGCCGUUCAAGAGGGCUAGGAUGUAGGCCACGUUCG